AUGAACCAAUUGCCUGAAGAUCUCAUCUUCUCCAUCAUGAUCUUUUGUGAAGAAUUGAAAAUUGUUUCUGAUUUAUUAUUAUUGAACAGACAUUGGCUGAGCAUGGCUCGCUUUGAAGCUUUAUGGAGGAUGCGGUAUGCUUUUUAUUUGAAAAAACAAAUCCGACAGCUUGAAGCUGAAAUGAACUCGCCCAACAUCAAGUCAUCAAAAAAGAAGGGAAUUUCAAGUUCUUUACGUAAAUUAAAAAGCCAAACCAAAACACAUGUAGAGGAAGCGGAAAAGAUGUACAUGAGAGAAAAACUACAGAGUCACACACCAACCAGUCCUUGCGUUGAUGACGACGAAUCAGCAACGCAAAAGAGCUUUGGAAUUGAUUUUUAUUAUGGAUUUCGGUUUUAUACAAUUUUCAAACAAGAGCUUCAUGGAAAAUUGGUUGGUACUGUUACUGGCAAGCUCAUUGAAUUAAUGGGAGAGAAGUUACCACAAAUUAAGAUAUUGUGGAAACCUAUGAUGGACUAUAUCGUUGUUGAGAAGAGCCCUUUCUGUCAAAAGUGGAACGCUUUUGUCGACUAUGUCCAUUCUAAUUUAAAACCAUUAACUGGAGAUCAUUUUGAUCAAGAAUAUCAGUUGCAGAGAUGUUGUACUCUUUCCUUUAUGACUUAUUUUCGAAAAGAUCAUGCUUCAGCCUAUGAAGAAGUCGUUAAAGCUUUAAAAGAUACAUCGGAAAAUCCAAAAAAACGAUUGGAUGAAAAUAAUGAUUUGUUAGUACAACCCGUGUUAGAACUCAUUUCAUCGGCCAAGUGUCGAUUUCCUCUUAAUGUGUUUCGUAUCUUUGAACCUUCUUUGUAUUUGAAAAGUAUGAAACUCAUGAGAGCAUUAAUGAAAGAAAUUGAACUGGACAUGGAGAGGCCACAACAUGAAAAACAUUUUAAUGGUUAUCCUCAAGAUCACGAAAUUAUGGACAAUGUAAAGUCACAAUUCCAAAAAUUGUUGGAACUUGGUCAUUUUCAACCUGAAGAGAUUAGAGAAAUACUUUCGUUUUGGAUCAACAUGCAUCCAACUCUAAUACCACAAGCAAGGAAAAUGCAAAAAGAACCCUAUAUUGAGAAAACCUUCAAUACGGAUGCUGAUUUAUUGGCUUCUGUUUUAUUGUAUGCUUUAUUUCCGAAUGAUCAUUACUUCCUUAUGACAACCAAAAUUUCAUAUCGAUUGUUGAAGGCGGCGAUACAAGACUGGAAAUUUAAAAUGUCAACACAUAUGGCUGCUUCUCUCUUUCGACAUUAUUUCCAUUUGAUUCGUAACAGAUUCACGAGCGAUGAAAUAAUUGAUAUUAUAGAAACGUAUGAGCAAGUUCAUGAAGAGAAUUUAAUUGAUGAUGACAUGGCACAGUGUUGUAUCAUUUCGAACGACAAUUUGGACUUGUGGAAAUACUGCAUAGAAGUUCGUAAAGCCAAUAUCAAUAACGUCAACACAAACACUUGUAAGGGCACACCAAUCAUAUAUUUAUGCCUAAAUCCUAAUACAACGUACAACAGCCUGCACCGGUUCGAUAUGUUCGAAUAUCUAGUUGACAACGUUAAUGUUGUUUUUGAUAAGGAUGAAGCUGAAAAGAGAAAAGACGACCCCUUACACUAUUUCAUCCGCCUUGUAAUUUCUUUUAGAUUUUAUUCACCUCUACCAGGAUUUUUUGACAGACAGAAAACGACCUUUCUAAAACUAUUCAGUAAGGGCUCAAGAGUGUCUCAAAAAAUUGGUUCUAAAACAGCCAUGAAUAUAGUGAAUGGAUACUUGACUGACUAUUCGAGAAUAUUUAAGGACCAAUACGAAAAAGAGCAAAAAGAAGAGCAGUAA